AUGGAAGUAGCAAAAAGGAAGCCUAACUGGUCAGAGAUUGAGCUGUUUGCACUCUUUGUCACAGUAAACGCCAAUAUAAAUGAAAUUAGAGGACAUUUCGGGCCUAGCCUGACUAGCCACGACAAAACUAGGAUAUGGCCACAGGUUGCGGAAAGUGUUAAUGCAGUAAAUGCCAGCAGUGUUAUUAGAAGUGUAGCAGACUGCCAAAAAAAAUGGCAGGAUGUAAAAAGUGUCACAAAAGUUUUAGAGUCUCUAACUAGAACUCAGGUAGAAGGUAUACAGGGUUGA